CAAUAUUCCGUCAGUCCCUGAAGGCAACAUGAAGGUGUGGAGAAACAGAUAAAAGUCCCGAAGUUCAUUUCCAGCAACAAGACGAACGAGGCUCUUCCUCUCAAGCUGACAAGUUUAAUUUGUUGACAUUCUUAACAACUACUUGUUAAAGUCCCUGAAAGCAGCACGAAGGUGUGGAGAAAGCGAUCCGAGCGCUGAAGUUCAUUUUCAGCAACAAGAAGAUCGAGGUUGGUGCUCUCAAGAAAGCCAGAAUGGCAGAGUGUAAAAUAAGAAGAUUGGAGAAUUUACGACAAUGUAAUGGAAAAAGAGUUCCAGAGUAUCUGGCAGUGGUGUCAAAGAUUGUGUCUGAAAAUAGAGGCAAAGAAAUGCCUCUGCCUUAUCCAGAUGGGCCCAAACUGACCGUUGGACCAGUGGAGGACACAGAGUACAAUGACAGGCCUGCAGUGGUCAACGCAUGGGGAAAGUUUUAUCUUCCCAAAACAACAAAGAUGGAGGUUAUCGGCUAUGUGGAGGGAACUUCGUACCCAUGUGACCAGCUUGUCCUGGUGACCUGUGAGGACCAGAAGGUGUACGGCUUUGAUGGAGACGAGCUGCAUCUGGUGGCUUCCUGCCUGAAUCAGAUGUUUACAGAGGGAAUACCCGAUCCUGCAUUACAGAGUUAUUACCAUGGGGAGCCUUUCAAAGACAUGACCAAAGAGGACUGGGCGAAGGUGAAACAGGGCCCAGUGGGGAAGAGGUUGGAAGAGGAGCGUCGUAAACUGGUGGCUUCUCGCAAAUCCGCUUUCAUGCAGAAUCUCAAAAUCAUCAGACAAAGACAGAGGUGGGUGUCCGUUUAAGGUGUCAACAGCAGAAGGGCAACAUCCUCCCCAAAAGCAACAUGACUCAGUUGCAGAAAGGUGGAACGUGACUAAGUUUUUCUCAUUCAUGC